UCGCAGAACUAUGUAAAUAUGCUCAAGCGUCUACAUGAUCUUUAAAUGAUUGAAAGUUGACUUAUAAAUGCUAUUUUCUUAAUCGUUCUACAACCAUUUGGUCUUGUUAAGUAUUGCAUUGCCUUUACAGACAGAAAAAACAUGGCAACAAACAUGGAAGUUGAUGGUACAAAGCCGAAUGUAAUGGCUUCAACAGGCACUUCAGGAAGCGUAUCUAUUUCACUUCAUCCUUUGGUUAUUAUGAACAUUUCUGAACAUUGGACAAGAGUACGGGCUCAAGAAGGAAAACCUCAGCAAGUGAUUGGAGCUUUGAUUGGCAAACAGACUGGAAGAAACAUAGAAGUGAUGAAUUCCUUUGAGUUGCUUUUUGAUAUUGUUGAUGGGCAAAUUGUUAUAGACAUGGAUUACUAUAAUACAAAAGAAGAACAGUUCAAACAGGUAUUCAGUGAGAUGGACUUUCUUGGCUGGUAUACAACAGGAGACAGUCCUUCACAUUCUGAUAUACAUGUACAUAGACAGAUCUGCAGUAUAAAUGAAAGUCCUGUUUUGUUGAAAAUGAAUCCAAUGGGCAGGAACCAAGAUUUACCUGUUGCAAUAUAUGAAUCAGUGAUAGAUCUAGUGAAUGGAGAGGCAACAAUGUUAUUUGUGGAAUUACACUAUACACUGGCUACAGAAGAAGCUGAAAGAAUCGGUGUUGACCAUGUUGCUAGAAUGUCUACAGCUGACACUGGAGAGGCAUCAAGUGUUGCUGAGCAGUUGAUUGCCCAACACAGUGCUAUAAAGAUGUUACACAGUAGGGUGAAACUAAUAUUAGAAUACAUCAGAGCUGUUGAGGCUGGUGAAAUUCCGAAAAAUUUGGACAUACUAAGAGAAGCAUACAGUUUAUGUUACAGACUUCCUGUGUUAAAUACAGACAAAUUCAAGGAGGAUUUCUUUAAUCAAUGUAAUGAUGUUUGUUUAAUGGCAUACCUGGGAACUAUUACAAAGGGAUGCAACACAGUGAAUCAGUUUGUGAAUAAGUUUAAUGUGAUACAUGACCGUCAUAGCAUGGGCAGAAGAAUGAGAGGACUGUUUUUUUAAGUUCGGGAGCAGACGUAACUUUACAGCUAACUAUUCCUGUUGUUUUGACAUUCACAUAAAGGAAAACUACACUACAGAGAUACUUUUACUUGGAAUUAUAACACUUGUACUGUCAUAAUUACUUUUGAGUUUACAUGCAUUUUGUUGACAGGAAUGUACUCUGUGUGUCAGUGAUAGAAAUGUUUUCCUGUUGGACAAAAUCAUCAGAAGUGCUAUUAUUAAAUUUAAAAACAUGCUUUGUUCAUUGUUUUAUCAUGGUAAAAGAAAAACAAUACUGAAGGACGUCACAAAUAAAUAAGAACUUGGCUUAACAUGGGAAUGUCAUUUUACUGAGAUGCUGCCAUUCCAGUUGAUGUCAAGUGUAUUACUUGACACAUAGUGCAACCUUUAAAUACUGACAUUAAUAACCUUUUAAAUAUUUUACAAGGUAAAAUUGUAAUAUAUCUGAAGUUUGGAGUUUUGUUUAACUAAUCAUAAAGAUCUGAAUGUGUUAUAUUUAGUUUAAAUGAAAAUUACAUUGUUACAACAUAUUCUAUAAAUGAUUAAACUCUACCAAAUUA